CAGUCCUUCGGCGGUCUCUCAAGACUCCCGCGUCUUGCGCGUUGUGUUUUUUUUGUAGAAAUCUUUUGAAUGUUUCCGUUUGUUGGUUUUCAAAGCCCGGGGGUUGAUGAAGAGUUUCGAAAGCUGGGUCAUCAAGGGAAGUUUCUAAAUGACUAACCAAAGUGAGGAUUGCUCCGCGAUCGGACUGGCCACGCAGUCAGCUGCGAGAUGGGUGUGCUGAGUAACCCCGACUUUGGGUGAUUGAAGGCAGGCGGCUACAGCAUACCUGUUGGGUUUUGUUCAUCAGUCAACUGUUCUGUGUUUGCUCUGCAGCGAGUUAAUGCAUCCACGAUGGACAACAAUGAAGUGAGCAAGCAACUGUAUGAAUAUUUUGAAUUCAGUGGAAUCACAUUUUCUUCACCGCUACAUUCACUUGAACUACUUGAGUGGCUGAAAGAUUUUGACAUGGAUCCAGAUAUUCCACUCAUUGUUUCAUAUCCUAAAUCUGGAACUAAUUGGGUGCAGCAGAUGACAAGCCUGAUUCUAGCCAAUGGCAAUAUUGAUUCUGUAAAAGACAAAAUUCUCAAAUAUAGAGCUCCGUGGAUAGAAUUUGUUCCAUUCAAACCAGGUGACGUUGACUAUCAGCUGCUGACAACGCACUUAAAUUACCAGAUGGUUCCAAGUUCUGCGAAAAAUAGAAAGACAAAGAUUAUAUAUGUUGCCAGAAAUCCCAAGGAUGUCAUAGUGUCAUUUUACCACUAUCACAAUUGUCAUCAGUACUUGAAGACACCAAAGGAUUUUUCUGAAUUUCUGGAGCAGUUUGUUGAGGGAAAUGUGAUAUAUGGAUCUUGGUUUGACCACAUCAGAGAUUGGUACAGCCAUAAGGAUGAACUCGACAUGUUGUUUGUAACAUAUGAGGAUAUGCAGAAAGAUAUCAGAAGCGUGAUAGAAAAAGUUGCAUCUUUUCUUAAUAAAAAGCUGGAUGGAGAAACCUUGGAGUCAAUUGUGGAUCAUUGCACCUUUGCAUAUAUGAAAACAAACCCUGCAACAAACUACCGAGCUGCAUUGCAGCAUAUCAAUCAUGACAUUGGCAAUUUCUUUAGAAAGGGGACUGUUGGAGACUGGAAGAAUCACUUCCUUGUGGCUCAGAAUGAGUGGUUUGAUUCCAUCUACCAGAAGAUGAUGGCAGAAUUUCCUCUGAAGCUUGUCUAUGACUUCUCGUCUGUUUCAAAUGAGCAGUAAUUGGAAAACUUCAGAAAUAUUGCAGCCAGCUCAACCUUGUAAUCAAAAAAAUGAGAGGCAGGAAUAUGGGGAAUUAAAGACCGUUCAAAAUCAGUUGUAGAAUUUAGAGAGAUGUACAGCAUGGAAAAAGACCCUUCAGUCCAAUUCAUCCAUGCUGACUAUAUUAAUCUAGAGUCAUUUGCCAACACUUGGCCCCAAAAAUUUCUUUUUAAUUCAUAUUACCAUCCAGGUGGCUUUUUAGAAAAUUGCUGUAAACUAGUAUUCUGAAUGUAGGAACAGAAAACUUAGAUAAACGUAAUACUAUUCGCUGAAUUUCACAUUGAUUCAUGAAAGAGAAAUCCUGCUUGGCAGUUCAAUUAAAAGUUGUUUUUUUCAUGUUAAUUUGAAGGAUCAAUGAGGGGAAACCAGUAGUGUAACUAGAUAUUCAAAACAUUCCAAGGUGCCACACAAUAACAUCGCAAGAUUAGAGUUCAUGAAGUUGAUGGUAGCAUGUUAACAUGGAUUGAGAAUUGGUUAAGAGACAAGAAAGACAAGAAGUAGGUAUAUUGAAUUCAGGAGCUGUAACUAGCAGGGUUUUGUGAGGGACAAUGUUGGGGUUUCUGCUUGCAAUCAUUGUCAAUAACUUGGAUAAGCUAUUUAUUAUAAAAUGCCUUGAUAUCCCAAGAAACCUUAGCAGUUUGGAAAAAUAAGGUGUGAGGAGGACGUGAGGCUACAAAGUGAUUUUAACAAGUGACUUUAAUGAUCCAGAUCAUAACUAAUGGAGUAUAAAGUGGGAAUCAUCCACUUUGGUAGGAAAAAGAGAAACAGGGUAUUUUCUGCACAGUUAAAGACUGAAAAGUGGGGGUUUUCAGUGAGGCCUGUGUGUCUCUGCACUAAUCAUAGAAAUUUGACAUGCAAGUACAGUAAAUGUACUUUGACGUUGAACUACACAGCAUAAUAUAAAUAAGCAGAGCCAAUGUGGCUUCAGGAAGGAAAAAUCGUGCCUGAUCAAUUUAAUAAAAUUCUUCGAAGAGGUAACAAGCAGAAUAGAUGAAAGGAAAGCCAGUAGAUGUAUUAUCUUUGGAUUUUGAAAAGUGUUAAGAUGUUACUGCAUACGUUGGGCUACUUGAGAGUCCAUGUUGUUGGGGUACUAUAUUAGCAUGGAUAAAAAUUUAGUUAACUUAUAGUUGGAUUUUUCCACUUGUAACUAGAGGAAUACCAUGGCUGGAAUACCACAGCAAUGAUUGCUGGAGCCACAAUUGAAAUGAUUUAACCUCCAGUAACCACAAUCAUAAUUGUGCUAGGUGUGUCUCCAGUGAGCGGAGAGUCCACCCGGGUAUUGCAUUUAACCUUUUCUAUGGUCGGUACAGAGUAGAGCUUCCACUUGUUGAAUUGCUUGAGCAUAUAAUUUUGACUUCUGGCCUCAGUUACUUUUUGAGUACCAGAGGAAGGGGAUACUAGGCUGAAUUGGCAGCUUACCUGAGACCCUCCAUCUCUUUCUCCAAGUUGCUGGCUGGAAGGAAGCCUACACUUUGCCAGCAAGAAGGAAAACUACUAGCCCAGCUGAACAAGGAAACUACUUCAAGACACUGACCUAAUGGCAGUUGUAUCUAGUGUGAAUGGCAAUUUGUAAACUAUCUUCUCUCCUGCCAUCCUAAUUUCCACAUGCAUGUGCGUGUGAAUGAAGUAGCAAACCAAUUACCCUGCACUUCCAAUGUUUUGUUAAUAAGCCGAUAUCCUCUUAAAGGGUUUUGCUGUGGAUUUAUUUGAAAAUUUGCUAAAAUGUUCAAUAUAUCUAUAAUGUCUGUUCCUAACCUCCAUCCUUGGAUGAAAUGAAAACUUGGCUUGAAAGUGUGUAGUACAAGUUGGCAAGUUACACAAUAAAAAGUAAGAAAUACAUGCA